AAAAGUAAGUUGGGUGAAGUAGUCAAUCGAACCUGGAAAGUGCAACUGGGGGUCAAAUGUGCAGCACAGUAAGUCAAAGGUCAUCAGGAAGAAGGAAUGCAGUCUAGCGCCGAAGAUGGACCGCGAGCGAUAUCGCGUGGAGGGGGAGGGGCUAACUGCGCUAAGCGAAGUGGGGUGAAUGUCGUGGGCUCGUCUGCCUUUGGAUUAAAAACAGGAGCGCCCCCCCGUUCCCCUCCACUGGUUAUCCCUUGAUCCCCCUGACCCCCGCGCUGACCCCUCCUUCGCCGGUGUGUGCGCGCGCGUGUACUUGAGGCCGGCACAGGAGCGGACUUUGAAUCCCGCUCCCGAGCCAAAUUUGGACAAAUCCCGCUCCGUUUUGAUUCCGUUCGUAAUAUUUGGAAGCCUCGAGUUUGGACUCGCGGCUGCUGUCACCUUCACCUGUGAGGGCGGGGUCAGUGACCUCAUCGGGGGAGGUGUGGCACACCGACAGACGUGUGACGCGUGUGGCCCUCAUCCCUCCGUCCGUCCUCUGUCUGUCCAUUAGUCCCUCCUUUCUUUUUCCUAUUUCACUUUUCUCUCAUGCCGUUCUCUUUCUUUCUUCCUUUUUUCCCCUCACCUUUCCUUCCUUCUCUCCUUUUUCCUUCCUCACACUCUCACUUCCUUCCGUCCCUCCUUCUCUCUUUCCUACUGUCUGUUCUUGUCAGUCUCCUCUCUUUCCCUUUUUUCAUUCUCUCCAUCCUCCUUCGUUUUUCUUCUUUUCUUCCCUCUCUUCCUGCUUUGCGUUUGUCCUCCCUCGCGUUUGAUAUUUGUGAAAUGAACGAAUGAGUUGUGUUGCCGACAGAUUCCAUGUCCGUUACAAAUCCUCAUUGAUUAGCGUGUGUGCGCAUCUGUGCAUGUGUGCGCGUGAAGAUUUAAGCCUCUUAAAUCCCACGUGCACGCCGAUCCAGUAAUUAGCCUAAGUGGCUCCUUUCCGAAUGCCCUUUGUUUUUUUUGUCCUCUUCCUGGUUCCUUCCUUCCCUCCCUCCUAAUUCCCGCAUUGAUCCCGAAGCUUCCGAAAGCUUCUCGAGAGCGCGAGCCAACCGCAAAUGUCCGCGUGUGCGCUCGUGAUCAGCGCUUGAUGUUUCUACUUCCUGUCCCGCCCCCUCUCGACGUCCUCUUGCCUGGCUGUGCUGUUCAUGUGGGUGGAGCUUAGGUCAGUGAGGUAUUGUGGGUAAUGAAAGUAGUUUUGCUUACCCUCCUGCCCGAUGAGAGCCGGGAUGUACGUUUUCCCAACAGUGCGCAUGUUUGCAGUCGUCACUGACGGUGUAGCGGUCCGCUCGCCUGACUUUGGUGACGUUGAGAAUCGAAACGACUUUUUGAGGAACCUGGGAAGGAAGGAAGGAAGGUGGUGUCACUGGAAGUAAAUGGGAAGGAGACAAACAGGAAGUCAACAGAGCCGACGACGGCCACUAUGACCUGCUGACCCCGACCCCUCGUCCAGCAAGAUGUCCCCGACCCAUCGGUCGCCGGAGCGGACGCCGCCGCGCACUUCGUCUGUGCUGCUCCUCUUCGCCUCCUGUUUCCUGUGCGCCUCGUCGUCCUUCCCGCGAGACCUGGACGCCAUCAGCGUGGUGGAGGAGUCCGGCGACUUGGUGAGAUUCCGAAGUCUGCUGCGGGACAACGACACGCUGCGUCUGGGGCUCGACUUCCAGGCGAUGAUGCGAGUCAACCGCAUGCUGUUCAUCACGGCCAGGGAUCACGUGUUUGCAGUCAACUUGACGACGGCGGCGGAGGCCUUCGUACCUCAGAUGAAGUUGACGUGGCGUUCCACAGACGUCAGCAAGUGCGCCGUGCGAGGGAAGAACAGCGACGAGUGUUACAACUACAUCAAAGUUUUGGUGCCGCGUGACGACGAGACGCUCUUCGUGUGCGGGACCAACGCCUUCAACCCGUCGUGCCGCAACUACAAGACGAGCACGUUGGAACAGGUGGGCUCGGAUUUGCCGGGUCAGGCUCGCUGUCCCUUCGAGUCGGGUCAGUCCAACGCGGGAACGUUCGCGGGCGGAGACUUCUACUCGGCCACCGUGACAGACUUCCUGGCCAGCGACUCCGUCAUCUACCGGAGUCUCGGAGAGGGCCGGCCCGUCCUCCGGACCGUCAAGUACGACUCCAAGUGGCUGAGAGAGCCUCGCUUCCUGCACGCCGUGGACUACGGGAGCUACGUCUACUUUUUCCUGAGCGAGAUCGCGGCAGAGUACACCACCCUGGGGAAGGUUGUCUUUUCUCGGGUGGCCAGAGUCUGCAAAAACGACAACGGUGGCUCUCCCAGAGUCCUGGACAAGUACUGGACUUCCUUCCUCAAGGCUCGUCUGAACUGUUCUCUUCCCGGAGAUUCUCUGUUCUACUUCGACGUUCUCCAAUCGCUGACCGGCGUUCUGCAGAUCAACGGACGGCCCACCGUGCUCGCUGUCUUCACCACGCAGGCUAACAGCAUUCCCGGCUCGGCGGUGUGUGCGUUCUACAUGGACGAUGUGGAGAAAGUGUUCAGUGGGAAGUUCAAAGAACAACGCAGCAGCGACGCGUCGUGGACGGCCGUGCCCGAGGACGCGGUGCCCAGGCCGCGACUUCCGAAGCGCUGGGACAGGAUUUUCACUGGGGAAACUAACAAGGUCCACGAGGUGAAGAUACCUGAUCCUUCUCGCAGGCCCGGCACGUGCGCCGGCGACGGCCCGGCCGCCGACGGCCCGGCCGCUGACUUCAAAUCUUCGGUAGACUUCCCGGAUGAAACGCUGUCGUUCAUCAAAUCUUUCCCGCUGAUGGACGACGCCGUGCCCGCCGUCAACCGGCGGCCAUUUUACACCAGGACCGCCAGCAGGUCCAAGCUGACGCAGAUUGCGGCCGACGUGUCGGCCGGUCCGCGCAACGACCGCACGGUGGUGUUCUUGGGCUCCGAGGACGGCCGAGUGGCCAAGGUCCUGGCCUCCACGCUUCCCGAAGACACGGCGGGCUCCAAACUCCUGGAGGACAUCCACGUCUACGACCGCGACAAGUGUGACCUCGGCAUCCAGGAGGAGGACCGCAGGGUUUUGGCUCUGGAGCUCGACAAGGAACACCACGCCUUGUUUGUGGCAUUCAGCAGCUGCCUAGUGCGCGUGCCCCUAAGCCGGUGCGGGCGGCACGGCGCGUGCAAGAGGGCGUGUCUGGCCUCUCGCGACCCCUACUGCAUCUGGCUGCGCACAGGAAGUUGUGCCGACAUGGCGCCCGGCUUCAAGGCGGGCUUCGAACAAGACAUCGAGGGCGACCACCCUGACGUGACCGCCUGUCACGCCGACAUCUUGGCGACGUCUCGUGACCGGGACACGCCCGCUGACGUGACCUACAGCGUCGCGGGCGCCGACGAUGAUCCGGCGUCUCACGUCCACUAUACGCUGCUCAUCGCCUGCGUGCUGCUGGCCUUCUCCUUGGGCGCGACGCUGUCGGGCCUCCUGGCGGCGCGUUUCCGCCGGAACGGGAAGUUCGGCAAAGACCCAGAGGCGCCGCCGCCCCGCGCCUCGUCCCCGCCCCCCCCCGUCGGGCUCCCGGACGCCGCGCCCGCGUUCCAGGAGGACAAAACGGGCGCGUCGCCGCGUCCCAAGACGUACGUGUCCCGCGACGCCGACGACCGAGCGCCCGAGCGAAUUCCUGCGGCGGAGCCCCGAGUCGGCCCGAAACAGCUGGCGUCCUCCCGCGUGCCGGACGGCGACCCAUCAGCUCCUCCCACGCCGAACUCCGGCCCGGAAAGCCGCCGCGUGGACGACCCCGCCCCCUUCGCGGCGGUGACGACGGCCGACCGCGUGACUCCGCCCGUGUUCCCGCCCCCUGGUCGCCACGGCAACCGCCACACGCCUUCGGGGGCCGGGGCCGACGCGUCGGCGGCGUCUGCGCUGGACGAGCUUCUGAAGCACAUCCACCAGGUCAGCGCCCAGGGCGUCGGCGGCGGCAUCAGGGUCCUAACGUCCACCUCCGGAGGACUUCAUCAUCAUCAUCAUCACAGCGGCAAGACGCGAGCCCACAGCUUCAACCGCAGCCAUCACCGUGGCCAUCAGCAGCCAGUCUCCGAGACGCAAGCGCUACCGCUAAAUGCUAACACCGCUAUCCCGGAGGCGAUCGCCCGCCCCCGAGGGACUCCCCUCAUCAAGAUGGGCAGCGGCCUGCCGCGUCGUCAUAAUUUCCACCAGUGGGGGGCGCCGCCACUGCACCGCUUCCUGGUCAGAAUAAACACGAACGCCGACAACGGACCUCCUUCCCCGCCCGCCGCCCGCGGGGGACGCCAGAGGGUGGCGGCGGCCAGGGCCUGCCUGACGCGCCAGCACAGCUACAGCGAAGGAGUGCACGCACAGCGCAGUAGCAUCUCUCAGGCUAACGGCGUGCGUCGCGCUGUCUCGCUCAAGCCCAAAGUGCCGCCCAAACCUUUGUUCCUGCCCAACAUGUCCGCCUCGUCGGGACCGUCCGGGUGCUGAGGCGGCUAAGGGGCCUCAAUGACACACUUCACCUACAGCCGAGGACGCUAUGCUAACGUCGCUAGCAUUAACGCUCUGCCGCCUCCAUGACGCACUUCAAACAGCUAGAGCCCAGGACGCUAUGCUAACGUCGCUCGCACUAACGGCAUCACUGUGCGCUGGAGCCCAACGCGUUACCCUCGUCUUCUGGGACGGUCCAGGUGCUGAGGUGGCAGGGCGCCCACAAAAACACAUUCUGCCCACCCGCAGCGACAGCAAAGGAUGCUACGCUAACGCCUGCGGCGCGGCCUCACGAGCGGACUCGCCCCGCCCCCCUCCAACUUCUGUACCAUAGUGGUAUGUGAAACCCGAGCGGGAAGGGCAGAGCUCCUUGUGCAGCUAAUGGCGCAAAUUAGCAUGCUAAGCUAAUUGAUUUGAAAACUUAAGUCAUCUAAAAAAGUUUUUAAGCGCCAACCACGAAAUGUUUGAAAAUCAAUCAGGAUGUCACUUUGUAUUCAAGCUUUUACUCUGAAAUCCUAAACAGGAAGUUGAAGUGGGCUGAAUGUGAUUUCUUUGGCUGAUGAGCCGCAGCGUCCCCAGUGGCCAUGACGAUAACAUCAACUCGUAGCGUUUGUAUUCUUAUGUUUAUUAACCGGUGAAUAUUUAUGUUAGUAAUAACAAUGAUGCAAUGGUGCGAAUGUAAAUUUAAAGAAAAAACAUUUACACUUCCAAUAAGUCUCAGUUUGUAUUAUUAUUAAAUGUGUUUAGUUCAUGCGACUCAUGCGAGCGCACACUUCAGUUGCAGUACUUUGAGAGGCCACAGGGGGGAGGGGCAGCAUGAACCUGCCGACAUGUUUAAUGCCGCCGCCCUUUUCAUUAUGAAUAUGUACAGUUACUUUUCAUGGAAGAAAAAUUAUGUAAGCAAGCCAGCGAAAGUUAGCUUUAGCACAUCGCAAAGAUUUAGCGUCGGCGUGACUGACAGGCGACCAAUCUGUUUGUUGGUCUGCGCUGUGAUCGAUGGGCGACCUUUGGUUAGCUAAACAUGUUUAGGAGUGGUUACAUGACCUAACCGUCUUCAUUUUUGUCAUCGUCGUCGCCUUCGUUAGCUUAUCACCCUCUUCAUGGUGGGGAUUAUUUUGAAGGCUCCAAAGGGGGCUGUCCCCCU